AUGGGACGUCCAUUUUCUUCCGCCCAAACGAGCGAGAGCCAGCGCUGUAGAAAGGAAAAAAGGGCCAAAUUCGGCAGGCUCCCAAGUGGAGCUGCCGUCUUCCUGACCGUGGAGGAGGGCGGCAGUUACGCCGAGGCUCUAAGGAAGGCAGCGGCCGCCAUGGAUUUGAAGAAAUUUGAGGUUUCCGGCUUUUGGAUGAAAAAGGCGGCUAAUAGAGGCAUGCUCCUCCAGGUACCCGGGCCUGGAGAAACGGAGAAGGCGUCAAAGGCGUUGGAGAGGGUCGAGGGGGUCCGGUUUACUCGUCCUGUUAAGCACGCCGAAGUGCGUGUCAGGGACGUGGUGCCACCUCUCAUCCCUAAAGAUAUCGGUGCUGCCCUGGCAGCGGCAGGUGGAUGCCAGCCCGGCGAGAUUCGCACCGGGCUGGUAAGGUCCUCUCCCACCGGGUAUGGGACCCUCUGGACGCGUUUGCCCCUGAGGGCGGCCCGAAAGGUGGUGGAAGGAAAGCGGAUAGAGGUGAGGUGGUUCAGCCUUCCUGUAGAAGCGCUGGAGGCGCAGCGAAAGAAAUAUAGACAGUUCUUGGUAAUGCCAUCUCUACCGACUCCGAUGCUCAUCGAGGUAGACCUGUGA